CCUAAAAUUGAUCAAAUUACACGUCUAAUCCCAAAAAAAUGAUUUCUUUGCUUUUUCAAAUAAAAAAAUCAUUAAUUUCUCCUUAUAUUAAAAUUACUAUCCGACAAAUUUGGACAAGUUUUUCGCACAUUUUCUCAAUUUAUUUAUUUUUGUAACAAAUUAUAGGUCCCCACACCAUCCAUAAUCGAUGAUUAUCUUAUCAUAAUCCAAAAAAAAUUCCAAUGAAAAUCUUAUUAUCCAAAAGAAAUAAAAUUUUGGAGUGCCGUUCUUAUUGAAGUCGAUUGAAAAUCCCUAUAUAAGACCGCUGCGGUGAACGCAGAAGAUUCAUCAUCAAAGAAUAUUUGGUUUUGUUUGGUUGCAGAGAAAAAAACACAAGGGAAGAUGGAAAUUGAUUUGACUCCGAAGUCGGCGAAGGAGGCGUACGGGAGCAAUGGGGGGUCAUACUUGGCGUGGUCCCCAUCGGAGCUUCCCAUGCUUGGUGAAGGCAACAUCGGCGCAGCCAAGAUCAUUCUCCACCAACAUGGGUUUGCUCUUCCUAGCUACUCUGAUUCCUCAAAGGUCGCUUAUGUUUUACAAGGAAAUGGUGUUGCUGGAAUUGUUCUUCCUGAAUCAGAGGAGAAGGUAGUCCCUAUUAAGAAGGGCGAUGCACUUGCUCUUCCCUUUGGUGUUGUUACAUGGUGGUACAACAAAGAGGAUACUGACCUAGAAGUUUUAUUCUUGGGUGAUACCUCAAAGGCCCACAAAGCUGGUGAAUUCACUGACUUCUUUCUCACAGGCUCCAAUGGUAUCUUCACCGGCUUCUCAACUGAGUUUGUGAGCCGAGCAUGGGACCUAGAAGAGGAUGUUGUUAAAUCCCUUGUUGGAAAGCAAUCAGGGAAGGGCAUUGUUAAGCUUGAGGGGACUUUUGAGAUGCCUGAGCCAAAGAAAGAACAUCGAAAUGGCUUGGUAUUGAACUGCUUGGAAGCUCCAUUGGAUGUUGACAUUAAGAAUGGUGGAAGGGUUGUGGUUUUGAAUACUCAGAAUUUACCUUUGGUUGGUGAGGUGGGGCUUGGUGCUGAUCUUGUUAGGUUGGAUGGAAGUGCAAUGUGCUCCCCUGGUUUUUCCUGUGACUCUGCAUUACAGGUGACCUACAUUGUUAGGGGUAGUGGCCGUGUUCAAGUGGUCGGUGUUGAUGGUCACCGGGUCUUGGAAACCACCCUCAAGGCAGGCAGUUUGUUCAUUGUACCAAGGUUCUUUGUUGUUUCAAAGAUUGGUGACCCAGAAGGAAUGGACUGGUUCUCUAUCAUUACAACUCCCAAUCCUAUAUUCACCCAUUUAGCAGGAAGGACUUCAGCAUGGAAGGCCCUGUCUUCUAAAGUACUGGAGGCUUCUUUCAGUGUGGGUUCAGAUAUGGAGAAGCUUUUCCGCUCCAAGAGGAAUGCAGAUGCCAUCUUCUUUCCUCCCCCAAAUUAAGGAGGAAACUCGCUUCUAUUUCCUUAGUUACUACUUGCUACAAUAAAGGGCUUCUAGUUCUGGAACUGUUUCAGCCCUCAUUGACAAUGAGUUCAACUUAGAUUGCAGGCUUUUCCCUGAAAACCAAACAGGGUUACUUUAUAAGUGUUUUUCUUGUUUAUGAGUUCUAGCUUAUGUUUGUCUUUGUUCUUAUCACCUUCAUGAAGUUCAAUUCAAGAAAUCACAAAUUGAAGUGCUGUUUCUGAUUA